AUGUAUAGGAGAAGCACUGCUCUAUUGAUUCCGUAUUUUAGAUCUAGUUUUCUGCGACGUUCAUCUACGGUCCAAACACCAAAAACUGAGAAAUUGAAGAUUUCAUUAUUGAAUGAUGAUACCUUGAUUGAAACAGAAUCUCUUCCAACUUCUGCAAUUAGAACCAAAUCAAGUGAUCGCGGUGGCAGAGAGACACGUAACUCGUUACCUCCAUCUUUACAAUAUGUACGCGAUGUUAUGGAUAAAUAUACCGGACACGUAGUGCUCACACAGAUUGGAUCGUUUUAUGAGUUAUACUUUGAACAUGCUACAAUAUACGCACCAAUAUUGAACAUCACACUGACCAGUAAAUCUAUUGUUUCAGGGAAAGUACCAUUUGCAGGAUUUCCUUUGAAUCAAUUGAACAGACACUUAAAGGUCCUUGUGAAACAAUAUGGAUAUAGUGUAGCCGUAUGUGACCAAUUCAAACAUGAAACAUUAGUUGAUAAUGAUAAAAAUAAGUUCAUGAGAAGAGUUACUAGAAUUGUCACACCCGGAACAUUCAUCGAUGAAGCUUUCGAAAAUUUCCAGGAAAAUCAGUAUUUACUCACUGUACACUUCUCCGAAAACUGUAUGAAAAGAGCUGCAGAUUUGAACAUUCCAGUAGGUUUGUCUUGGUGUGAUAUAUCUACUGGUGAAAUAUUUGUGCAACAGGUAUAUUUGAAAGAUUUAGUGUCUUCAAUUACUAGAAUAAGGCCUAUGGAAGUUCUUUUGGAUGAGGAGAUAAUGCCCGUCGAAAUUACGAAUGGUGAAUGGUAUAAGGAAUUAACAGAAUUGAAGAAAUAUUUUAUCAAGUAUCAAAAGAUGCCUUCCAAACAUCGUCCUAUUCAAUCCUUCUUUAAAUUGUUCUCAAAUGCAGAAGGUGACAUUGGAAGAUCAUUGGGAAACUUCACCCAAAAAGAAAUUGCGGCACUCAGAAACCUCCUGCUUUACAUUGAGGAACAUCUUCCGGAUAUCAACACUAAUCUAGAACUCCCACAGAAACAACUUAUCACAGAUAUAAUGCAAAUUGAUUCCAGAACAAGUACAGCGUUGGAGUUACAUUCUACAAUGAGAAAACAUCACAAGAAAGGCUCACUUUUGUCGACAAUUCGAAGAACAGUAACCACAUCCGGAACUCGGCUUUUGACUCAGUGGUUAUCUGCACCAUCAAUGGACAUAAAUGAAAUAAAAAAUAGACAAUCUCUUGUGCUGCUCUUCAAAGAUAAUUUUGAUUACACUGAAUCCCUUAUACGGUAUUUGAAAGAAACUGCUGAUAUGUCUAGAAUUAUACAAAGAUUCUCUUUUGGACGCGGAGAUCCAUUAGAGUUAAUUCAAAUAGCUAAGUCUUUGAGGAAAUGUAAAGAAAUUUCUGAAUACCUCCAGACUAAUGUUCAUCCCUCAACCAAAAAAACUGAGAAAUUGAUCAAAAAUAUAACGAAACAACUUAAUUUCGAAGAUCCUAUCGUAGAAAAAGUCAUAAGCAGUCUUAAUGAAGAGUCGUUAAUUAAACAAUGGUCUGAAAAGUAUGAGAGGGAUGACGAAGAAAAAUUUGAUGCCAGCGAAGAAAAUCAAGAGAGAAAAUCUUUGGUGAUGAUAAUGAAACCAAGUGCAUCACAAAAAUUGAAAGAAUACUAUAAAAGCUACAACAUCUUGAUUAAGGAGAAAGAAAGCUUAUUACAAUGGUACAAAGAUUGGUUUCUCGAACGUUUUAAACUUAAAAACGUUUCAUUAAAACAGAAAAACUCCGGAGAGUUUUGCAUACACUUGAGUGGGAGUAUUGCAAAUGUAGUUGAGUUUGAUAAGUACAUUGAACAGCAGAAAGAUUCAUCUCAAGCACAUUCUGGGUUCCAUGUGCUCCAAAAAUCAAGACAAACUAGAUGGAUAAUACACGAUAAAUGGGAAACUUUGUCCAGAGAAAUUGAAGUAGUUGGUGCACUGAUUAAAAAUGAAGAAGAGCGUUUAAUCAAUCAAUUUCAAAAGGAUUUCAUUUCAUUGAGCCCCAUGAUUAGAUCUUUAUCUCAGACGCUUGAUUAUAUGGAUGUUCUCACUUCAUUUGCUAAAUUGGCAAUCGAACAAAGGCUAGUCCUUCCAAAAGUCACUCAAGGUACGGAGCUUAAUAUAAAAGGUGGACGUCAUCUAGUGGUUGAGGCCAGUAUUUCGCAGAAAUCGUUGGAGAGUUUCACGCCUAAUGAUUGCCAAAUCAACUCAGGCGAACUUUGGGUUAUCACUGGACCUAAUAUGGGAGGAAAAUCAACAUUUUUGAGACAGAACGCAAUAAUUGUCAUUUUGGCACAGAUUGGAUCAUUUGUACCUUGUGAAAGUGCGGUUAUUGGAUUAGUGGAUAAAAUUUUUAGCAGAGUCGGAUCUGCGGACGACCUUUAUAACGAAAUGAGCACAUUCAUGGUUGAAAUGAUUGAAACAAGCUAUAUUCUUAAAGGUGCAACCAAUAGAUCUAUGGCAAUCUUAGAUGAGAUCGGUAGAGGUACGAGUCGCUCAGAAGGUGUCGCAAUUGCAUAUGCAACUUUGAAGUAUCUUACGACAAAUAAUGCCUGCCGUGCUCUGUUUGCUACUCAUUUUGGUACAGAACUUGCCAGUACGAUCAAUAGUACAUCCAAUGAGGAGUUUAUCAACAAUAUAUCUUUUUUUAAAACAGGUAUUAUUGGUGAUAACUCCAAUUUCUAUUAUGAUCAUAAAUUGAAACCAGGUAUUUGUUCAAAAUCAGAUGCUAUUAAAGUAGCCAAAUUGGCGGGCUUCCCUGAGGAAGCUUUGGAAAUUGCUUCUACUUUAUUGGAAGAAAUUUAA